AUGAGCGACACACCCAGACAGCGGACUGGUGGUUUCCCACAAACCCCAGGAACCGCAGCCCCGAGGCGAAGAGUUCCUCUGAGCCCUUCCGAAUCACCUCCACCAGCCGCCUCUCGCACCUCACGGCCCUCCCGACUCUCCUCCACCCUGCCACUGGCGCCAGCAACAUCGCAGACAUCGACGGCCAGCGAGCCUCUGAUCCCUCUGACCUUCCUCGAUGGCCCGCAACAGCGAUUCUACGCCGCCGCCGUGUACGUCAUCCUGUGGGCGUGGAAGCUCUACGACUAUGUCGGCCUGAUAGAGGACAACGACAUGUCCGUGUGGCUCUUUUUCAAAUGGGUCCUGAUCGACUUUGUCUUCCUCAUGGGCCUCCCCGAGAUGCGCAUCCCCUGGCUCGAGCUCUCCCAGACCACCGUCCUCGGCGUCUGGGCCUUCCACUCCAUCACAAACUGGCUGCUCAUGUUCAACAUUGGCCUGCCCUGGCAGCCGUGGCUCGUGGGCUUCCUCAAGAUCUUCUAUGACCGCGAGAUCUCCGUCUCCGAGCACAGCGUCAAGGUCUCCUCCAUUCUGCACAACCACUCGCUCAUCAUGGGUCGGCAGAUUAUCAACAUUCUGCCCGAGGGCUCCGCCGUGCUCAACUACGACCAGAUCCCCUUCUGCCUCGGCGAGGGCCGCGAUACCGUGUCCGUGCCGUUGCAGUUCAACUCGACCAUCCCCGCCGAAAUCGAGCUCAUCCGCAUCGACUUGCAGACCGACGAAGAGGAGACGAUCCGGAUGACCAAGAAGGAGGUCAAUAAAAUCGCCAAGGGUAUCAAGGAUCUCAUGGUCGACUCGAACCCCGUCUCCGUCGAUAUUCCGCUUAAGAAGCCCGGUAUCUACCGCCUCGGCAAGGUGCUCGACAACUACAAGCUCGAGGUCAAGCGGGUCACCAAGGAUACCUACAUCGUCCCGUGCCCCAAGGUUGAGUUCCGCAAGACAGAGGCGUCCGAUCGCUGCAAGCGAGACUUGUCCGACCUCUUCAUCGACGUCACCGGCACCCCGCCGCUGAAGAUCCACUACAGCAGGACCAUCAAUGGCAAGGACCACAGCUUCCACUUCCAGAGCCUUCAGCCAGACGACUUUGCCUCGCCUCUCCUCGGCUCACAAUCAUCGGCGCUCGUGCUUCCUCAGAGCGGCGACUCUGCCUGGGUCAAGCCCCAGGCUGUCGAGGUCCGACUGAACGAGACCCUUGACACAUCCGGCCAGUGGCAGUACGCCGUGACCGAGGUUCACGACGGUUUCGGCAACGUGCAGAAGUACGGCGAUGGGGGCCCUGACCUCGACUACCACCCUCGCCCGAAGCACCUCGUCCGGAACUUCGAGGUCAAGGAGCGCCCGAGCGCCCAACUCAGGGGAUGCGAUCUGAGGACGCCUCUGAAGGUUGCUAAGGGCAAGGCGUCGAGGCUGCCCGUCGCGUUUCACAUCCCUUCCUCUGGAGGCAAAAUUCCCGACGACACGUCGCACACGCUGGAGUGGAAGUUUUCGCCCAUCGACAGCUUGACGAGCGGCGGAGAACACGGUGAUCAGGUCAAAACAGGGUCGUACACGGCCAAGAACUCAAAGGACAAGCCAUCUGUUUCCGAACCCGGCCUCUACACCUUGACCUCUAUCUCCUCUGGCUCUUGUGAGGGCGAGGUUCAGGAGCCCUCAUCGUGCCUCCUGCUCAACCCUCUCGAGCCAACUCUCUCCUUGCGCGCCGAGGAGAUUCCCGACAAGUGCGCCGGCAACUCAGUCGGCCUCCGAGUCGAUGUGGACUUUACCGGCACGCCGCCUUUUGUCGUCCGCUGGGACGUCGAGCACAAUGGCCGCAGAAAGGCCGAAUACGCCGAAGUGCAGGGUCAUCGCCAGCAGCUGCUUCUUCGGCCCACAGAAGCUGGCCUUCACAGGUACAUCUUCAAGUCCGUGGACGAUGCCAUCUACAAGGGCCAUACGCUAUCUGGCCCCGACAUGGUGCUCGAACAAAACGUCAAGCCAGCGGCCGUGGCGCGCAUCGAACACAACACGGGCGUCAUCAACGCUUGCUUGGAAGAGCAGGUCGAGGUGAACGUUGGUCUCGUGGGCGACGCUCCGUUCACCUUGGAGUGGGAGCUCGUCCACGACGGCAAGCGCAAGACGGAGCGUGUUACCGGCAUCGAGUCUAAGCAUUACAAGAUCAAGACACCGCCAUUCACCAAGGGUGGAGACCAUGUCCUCGCCCUCAGCAGCGUUCAGGACAAGGCCGGCUGCCGCAACCAUCUGGAGAACGAGGUCAAGAUUUCCGUCCGGAGACAGCGACCCCGAGCAGCUUUCGGCUUGGCCGAGAAGAAGCAAAAGGUCAUGGCUGUCGAGGAUGCCAAGGUGAACCUUCCUCUUCGCCUCCAGGGUGAAGCGCCUUGGACGGUUUCGUACCGCAACCUCCACGGCAACGGCGAGGUACUUCAAAAGGUGGCGACCAAGCCGAACGACCAGAUCGUCGUCAAAUCCAAGGGUACUUAUGAGAUUGUCGACGUGACUGAUAAGCAGUGCCCCGGCACGGUCGAUCCCCAGGCUUCACGCUUCGAGGUUGACUGGUAUGCUCGGCCUGAGAUCAGCCUCGUCCAGUCAGACACAAUCUCUCCUGCGACAUCUGGCUUCACCAAGCUUGACGUGUGCGAGGGCGACAUUGACGGCCUCGAUCUGAACCUUGCGGGCGCUUCGCCUUACCACGUCCAGUACUCGGUCCGCCACAAGCCCCUCCGCGGCGCCGAUUCCAGGAGCACAAAGGACUUCGACGCUGCUCAGAACCGGGCGACCAUCGCCAUGGACACGUCCAAGGCUGGCGAGUACACGUACACGUUUUCGGCGCUGGCCGACGUUCUCUACGAUAGCGACAAGAACUUCACGCCUCUCGUGGUGCGACAGCGCGUCAACGCCAAGCCCUCUGCAUCCUUUGUGAAGCCUGGACAGUCGUUCAAGUACUGCCAGUCGGAGCAGGACAACGAGGACAAGAUUCCCAUUACGCUCACCGGCAUUGCGCCCUUUUACCUCGAGCUUGAGAUUAAGCACCACGGCGGAACGGUGCCCGAGGUUUACCGGAUCCCCAGCAUCAGCACCAGCUCGUACUCGAUCCAGAUGCCGCGACAGCAUCUCCACCUCGGCGUGCAGCACGUGCGGAUCCGCGAAGUGCGCGACGCGCGCGGCUGCCUGCAGCGGUACGACCUCAACGCGCCUUCGGUGCAGGUCCACCUGUACGAUGCGCCGGCCAUCUAUCCCCUCGAGACGCGGGAAGACUUCUGCGUGGGCGAGCGCAUCGCGUACACGCUGUCCGGCACGCCGCCGUUCGAGAUCUGGUACGACUUCCAAGGCCAGCAGCGCAAGGCCAAGUCGCAGACGACCAGCUUCCGGCGCGUGGCCGAGACGCCGGGCGACUUCACCAUCACGUCCGUCUCGGACAAGGCGUCGGAGUGCCGGGCGUCGGUCGACAUGACCAAGACGAUCCACCCGCUGCCCGCCGUGCGGAUCAGCAAGGGCAAGCAGACGCGCGUCGACAUUCACCAGGGCAACGAGGUCGAGAUUCACUUUGACUUUUGGGGCACGCCGCCGUUUGAGUUUACGUACACGCGCAGCUCCAACCCGAAGCGCGGCCAGAAGGUCGAGGUGCUCGAGACGAAGCGCGGCGUCUCGUACGAGACGAGCACCGUGAUCCGCGCGAGCGAGGAGGGCACGUACGAGGUUGUCGCCAUCAAGGACAAGUUCUGCUCCUUCUCGACGCAGCAGGUCCAGGACGGCAAGGACCAGAAGCUGCUGAAGUACUAG